GAUUUUCUACAUCAUCGCAAUCGGACGUCACUUGUCUCCUCGACUUCCUCCCUCGCUCCGCCCUUCCCCGCCACUAUAAAAGGCUUUCUCCGCCUCCGUCCGGCGCCACCGGGGCCUCGCCGAGAGGAACUUCUGGUGGUCGGCAAGUGGGAACCCGGGGGAGGAGGAAACGCCCUCCCGGAGUACGCCGCUCGGGCGACGGCUGUUUUCCGGCGGGUUUAGGUUCCCAGUCGUGACCGUUUCGCGGCGAUGGGGGAGGAGCCGGUUCCGCCGGACGAGGUCCGCUGCCGGCGUACGGACGGAAAGGACUGGCGGUGCGUCCGCAAAUGCAUGGAAGGGCGGACGCAAUGCGAGGUCCACUACCUGCAGUCGCUUCACCGCCAGCAGAAGCGCAGGGUCCCCGAAACCCUAAAGCUCAAGAGGCGAUGGAGGUCCAAGAAGAUGCAAGAGAAGGAGGAUCAGCAGAGUUGCAAGGCAGAGCCACCAUUGGAGGGCCUGACGGAGGAGCUGUCGAAGCUGCGGGACGGAACGAAGGUACCUGGAAUGCUGAGCGCGAGGGCCAAGGAUCUGGGCCUGCGGAGGAGCACGACGAAGAGGGGAGGGAUCGGAAUGAACUUGAAGGAGACCCUCGGGCGGGCUCUGAGUUUGAGCUUGAAGAAGAUGAAGCUGAAGAAGAGGGAUUUGAAGGGGGAAUUGGUGAGGAUGGUGGUUAGUAGGGAGUUGGAGAGAAGGGGGAGGAGUGAGUCUUUGGUCAGAGAUUUGCCUAAUGGCGUCAUGCUGAUCCCGGGAACAGAAGAUUCGACCGUUCCUGACGAUGAUGUGUUUCAAGGGAGGGUGGGCUCCCCGACAGCCGUCGUGGAGCGCCGGCCUGUUCGGUCGAAAAAUGCGGAGCCGGCCAUUGUGGGAACCUUCAAGUUUCAAUUUCAGGCAAUGCCACGGAAUUUUCCAAUUGGAGUGGAUAGGAAACAGUGCCAUCAGUGUCGGAAAAGUGAUGGAGAGAUGGUCAUCCGAUGCUCAAACUGUAAUAGGACACAGUUUUGCCGAGAUUGUAUAGCAAGAUGGUAUUCUGCCAUGUCAGCGGAACAGUUUAAAAAUGCUUGUCCCCUUUGUCGUGGGUGCUGCAGUUGCGAGGAGUGCAUGCAUGUAAAAGGUGGAGUGAAGGGAUCUAUUAAAUUGAGAGAUAAAGUUAACAGGAUUCGUCAUGCACAUUAUCUGAUAUGUUCACUUCUUCCUAUAUUAAAACAAAUCAACCAAGACCGGACAACUGAGAUAGAAAUUGAGUCAAAAUUGCAGGGGGUGAUACCAUCUUGUGUUCCGCUGCGACAGAUUGAAUGUGGACAAAAUGAGCAAUUAUACUGUGAUAACUGCAAAAGUUCUAUUGUGGAUUUACACAGAAGCUGUUCAAAGUGUUCAUAUGACCUUUGCCUCAGCUGCUGUCAAGAGAUUCGCAAUGGCAACCUACCCGGACGGAAGGGACCAGUACCUGCAAAAUAUAACAGGAGAGGUGGAGCUUAUAUUCAAAUUUGCAGGCCAAUCUCUGCUGCAGUCAGACACUCUGUUGCAACAAAGUCUGCCAUCAUAGGCUCAACUUUAGCACAAAGAUGGAAACCUAAUGGCAAUGGGGGUAUUCCAUGUCCUCCAAAUGGGCUGGGAGGUUGUGCCAAUCAUAAUCUCGACUUAAAAUGCAUUUUCCCUUCUAAAUGGAUGUCAGAACUAGAAGAAAGUGCUGAGGAAACAGCAUGCAGUUAUGACUUCCCUGAGGUGUCUGAUCCUUCUAUCCAGUGUCCAUUUUGUUUCAGUAUUGGCAGCAAAUUCUUUGAAAUGGGCAAGCAGUUAAGGAAAGCAGCUGAUAGGGAGGGCAGUGAUGAUAACUACCUAUACUGCCCCACUAAGGAUGAUAUUCAAGAAGAAGAUGUUGAGCAUUUCCAGAAGCACUGGAUGAGAGGUCAACCUGUAAUUGUCCAUGAUGUUCUUCAGGAUACAACUGAACUGAGCUGGGAUCCAUUGACCAUGUUGCGUACCAUUUGUGAAAAGAAUGGUAACAGACUUCGCAGUGAUAUGAAGAUUGUCAAGGCAACUGAUUGCUUAGAUUGGUGUGAGAUAGACAUUAAUGUCCACCAAUAUUUUGGAGGAUAUUUUGAAGGCCGUGCGUAUAGCAACUUAUGGCCUGAAAUGCUGAAAUUGGAGUGGCCCUCACCGGAUGUAUUUGAAGAGUGCUUACCAUGCCAUAUGGCUAAAAUUCUCAAUGCAUUACCAUUUCAAGAUUAUACUAACCCUCAGUCUGGUCUUCUUAAUCUUGUGGCAAAGCUGCCUGAAGGGUGCAUGACUAAUACAACUCCAAGGACACAUGUGGCUUAUGGAUUUGCUGAUGAACUUGGGAGGGGUGAUUCUGUGGACAAACUGCAUUUUGAAGUGUUUGAUAUGGUUUACAUUCUGACACAUGUCAAUGAGGUUCCAUUAUCAUUGGAACAACAUAUUAAGAUUGAAAAGCUGAAGAAAAAACACCGAGCUCAAGAUGUUAGAGAGCUUAACAAGCAGCCACAGAUGGACCAACCAAUGCUUAUGGAGGUGAAACACGAAACAUCUUCACUGGUGCAUAUGGAGGGGCUAGAACAAGAUUCAGUUAGAUCAGGAUAUCUUUCUAAUGAAGGUGGAUACGACUCCUCUUUGGUAAUUGAAGAUUCUUGUGUUUCUGCUAGCACACCACGAAGCGCUGAAGAACUUGAUGAUGUGAUGGAGAAUAAAAAAUUUAACAUUGAUCAUGACUGCAUCAAAGAAAUCAAUGACAUAAGUAGUUCUCAAAGCUCCAAAAAAUCAGAAGAGGCUGAGCUUUUCCCUAAAGAUCUGAGUGAAGAAGACUCCACUGAUUCUCGUGAAAGGCUCACAUCAGAUUCUUGUGGUGCACUGUGGGAUGUCUUCCGAAGAGAAGAUGUUCCAAGAUUGAUGGACUACCUCAGAAAAUAUUCACACAAGUUUAGGCACACGUACUGCUCUCCAGUUGAACAUGUUGUCCAUCCAAUUUUUGAUAAGAGUUUUUUUCUAGAUGCUCAUCACAUAAGUAAGCUUAAGGAGGAAUACCAAAUACAACCAUGGUCAUUUGAGCAGCACGUUGGAGAGGCUGUGUUGAUUCCAGCUGGCUGUCCUCAUCAAGUGAGAAAUCUCAAGUCCAAUAUGAAGGUUUCAAUGCAUUUUGUGUCUCCUGAAAGCAUGCACCACUGCUUAAAGUUGGCUGAUGAACUGCGUUCUCUCCCUAGGCAUCAUCAAGCUAAGGAUGUUAAAUCUGAUCUCAAAAAGAUGGCAUUGUACAGCAUUAGUUCUGCAGUAGAAGACAUUCGUGAGCUGACCUCAAGAUCAAGGUCUGGUACCAAACGCAAUAGAGUUGGUUAAACAAAGACCGUGUUGCAGAACACCUGCUUCACUCCAAGAGGAGUGUAUUUCAAGUAACAUCUUGCCAAAGCUUAUUUCAAGUUGAUUCAUUCAGUGGAAAAGUUUUGUUUUCUCUCUUCCGCAUUCUUUUUGUCUAGCAGGCAAAAUUUUGCAUGGUGUACAUCCUGGAGCAGAGAUUGGGCUCUUAUCAUAUUGUAAUGUACAUAGACAAGGUAGAUUAAUUAUCAAUGCCCAAAAGUUAUUGAGAAAUGAAGAGUGAGUAGCCUGAACAGGAUAGAAGAGGGAGGCGGCAAUGAAUCUGAUGAAAUCACCAGAAAACGCAGAAUCCUGGUUCAGAAAAAUGAAUCUAAUAUCAGGCAUGCUUUUCAUUGAAGUGAAAGAAAAGUCUGGUUCUUGUAAUGUGCAAAAUCCAAAUUUGGCUUCAACCUUUUAUUUCCAUUCGAUCAUUAAAAUGAAGCAAACAGAAUAUAAAGUAACAAAUAUGAAAUGCUCCUCAUGUAAAAUAUCAUUAGACAUAAAGAAAUGCUAAAUGUAGCUGAACAAACUAGCGGCGAGAUCCGAUUGCCCUGCGCGGGAAGAUUUGUUGGUUUUCUUUAACCCUGUCCUACUUCUCUUUAUUUGAUAUUUUUUGCACGGGAAUUCCCAAUAGUAUCUUUGCAAGGAAAAUCAUUACUCAACAAUUCGGUCACGUGAAAACAGGGUGAAAUCAGGGGCUGAAGUUUCAUCAAGUCUGCAUUUAACUACGUAUUUGGUUUUUCCUUCCAAUACUGCUCAUCUUCCGGUGGUUGACCCAGCCUGCUGACUGUGUACUAUUGCUUCGGCACUCAAGUGCAGAUUGUUCACUAUAGUAGCCGGGGCAUCUUUUGUUGAGGAACGGAUAAGUCGGAUAACAAGAUAAUCUCUCUCUCUCUCCCUCCCUGUCUCUCUCUCUCUCUCUCUCUGUGGUACGUUUGUACGAAUCAAGAAAACAGGUCUGUCAGAAUGCUUCCUGUAAAUAUUGAGAUUGUGAAGGGCACUCAUUAUUGAUAAAUGGAAUGACUUCAUGUUUUUCUUAGUGUAA